UCUGGUAACGCUCUUUCUGUCAAUUCCCACAUCUGGAGGAUGCACUUUUGCGGUGGAAUUUCGCAAUGUUUGAAUUUGGAAGCGAGACAACUACUUUUCAACGCGGUAUCUAUGGUCUUUGAACAGAGACAGCAUCAGGUGUUUCUUCAAGUUCUCGAAACUGCUGCCGUGUUUUGUUUUGCGUUUGGCUGUUGCGUUUUGGCAGACAUCGUUCAACUGUCGUCCGUCCACGUCGUCGACGUAGAAACAAAGUUGGUGAGAGCCAGAUACAGACUUCGCACAGUUCGCGAAAGUGUGAAAGCGUCGCGGAAAAUUCUCGGGCGAGUGUGUGGCUGGUGCAGUUUGGCAGCAGACAGUUUUCAUGAAAAUUGCGUUGCGCGUUCUGGAGUGCGAUUAGCGAGCGACGAGAGAUCUGACGUUUACGUAAUUGUCCGAAGGGAUCGAGCGCGAGUCCUCGAUGUCAAGCUGAAGUGUGAGCGUGUCGUGGCCUUUUUCAAGGCGACAGGUAAAUGCAGGUCGUCGACAUCGUCUUCUUGCUCCGUGUGCUUUUAGUUUAAGUUUUACAUUUGCUUCGUAAGUUACUCUUGAUUUUUAAUUUAAUUCUAUGAGAAGCGUGGCGUGGAUAACGCGACUUUAAAGUGAAGGGAGAAAUUUUCCUGGUUUUCCUCCUUAGUUUUCUCUGAGUUUUAUUUGACAACCGUGAAUAUAGUUUGUGUUUCCUUGAAAAAAGAAGAACGUGCUUUGCAUUUUUUUACUACUAACCCAUUAAACACACACGAGAGCUUAGUGUUCAACAUUCAGCUGAUAUUUUCAUAAGAAGGAUAAAAACAAGGCGGACAAGAUGCCAAAGGCACCGACGCCUGCCUUGCCACCAGAUGCCAAAACUACAAUUGCCAUGCUACGGGCUCUGGUGAUUUCACAAAAGCAUCCGUAUCGAAUAAAUGAUCUGCAGCGGGAAUAUAAACAAUUGGAAGGCGCUGGAAUGAAUAGCUCCAAGUAUGGUUUCCAGACACUAGAAGAAUUCUUGACAGCAUCAGGAGAAUUUGACCUGAAGGAAUAUCAAGGCGAGACAAUAAUAACAGCGCGACCAAAUAAAGAUACGGCACACAUGGUCAAAAUGGUCCAAAGACAAAAGAGUCAAAAAUUUAAAAAGCAACAGCUCCGAAACCCAACAGCUAGUGAUCAGAGCUGGAAUAAAAGUUCAUUUUCAACGAACGUCUACCCUAAUCUAGUAAAAGAUUCGCCAAAAAAGAAUCGGCCCAAACACACUAUGAAAUCAAAUGGUGACAACAAUAACAAUCACGUGGGACCAAACGGACAACUUUUUGGCGGAGUAGUUAAUUCAAAAACUGAAAAACAAAACAAUAAAUUGCAAAUUGACUUGCGAGAACGAUUGCAGGCCAAACGUGAAGCUGUUAACAAUACAAAUCAAGGAAACCAACAAAACGUAGACCUUCGUGAUCGUUUGAAUGCCAAACGGGGCACAAACGUUGAAACCACGCAAUCUCAUGUUGCAUCACGCGCUAUAUUAGCGCAAAACAACAAAAAUCGGCCUGAAAAAUUGAAUUUACAAGCCCGAAUAAAAAAAUCUCAAAGUGGUAGUGGAAAUAAUUCACCGAAUUCACCUGUUUUCACCUUGCCUACGUUUUCGCCUCAACAACAAACAACGAACGUUACCAAACCAACUUCGCCGACUGUAAAUAAUAUUAAAAUGAACGGAUCUAAUCCAAACAAUUCUAAAGUAAACAAUAGACUGCAAAGAGGAAUUUCUGCUGAAUUUGCAAAGGCUGCAUCGAUUCAGGAUCGCUUGAAAAUCGGUCAGACUGGGACAGUUGAAAUGGCAACUGGAAAUGUCCCUUCAACGAAUAAUUCCUCUUCAACUAGUGAUAUAAGUAACAAUACUGUGAUAUAUGCUACGAAGCAGAAAAAUGAUAAGCAACAAAAGCAAAUUGGAAAAGGAAAUAUUGUGAGAACUGAGAAGAAACCGCGAGAAAAAGAAGUAUCGAAAUCUCAAGUUUUCCAAUUCAACCCCAAUAUGGACCCCGUAACAUCCUUGGCACAAUAUUGCCAAUUUCGCCAUUAUGCUCCGCCCGACUAUAAGUUCCUAAGAACGAAAUUUUCGCCACGUAUUCAUGCUCGUGUCAUAGUUAACGAUGUUUUGUAUUCAACAUAUCCUGAUGAGUUCGACACGGAAUUUGAAGCUCGAGUAGAAUGCGCUAAGGUGGCUGUUCAUCAAAUCAAAGCCGAAGAGGCCCGUUGUCGUUUUCCAGUUAGCACUGAUUCCGAUGUAGAAUUGGCAAUGAAAAUUUACCAAGAAUUACGUAAUCAUCCGCAUGGUAUAUUCUGCAAGAACAUUCCGGAAUUUUUCCAAAAGACGUUUCAGCAAACGUUGCCGGAUCAUUGGUUCACGAUUUUACAAUCCUCGAAGCAAUUCAUCAUGGAAACAAUUGUUGGAAAUAAUUUGAUUGUUCUGGCGAAUAUGGAUAGCUCAGAUGCAAGCUCCACAACCUCAUCACUGGCUGAUUCCGAAUUCAUUGUUCUUGACCGAAUUAAUUUGCCAUGGACUGAAAAAUACUGGAAUCUUUACAUCACCCAUUGUACUUCGACAACGGAAAUUUGGGCCCGGAUUGUGGGCAAAGACUACAGUGACCAGCUCGAUUCCAUAAUGACAGACGUUGACUUGUCUAUGCUGACCACAAAGACGCGUCCCACAUCAAUCCUGUGUGGCCAAAUCUAUUUAGUUUCCAUGUCUGAAUGCUGGCAUCGCGUUCGUGUUGAAAACAUGAAUAAAUCGGAUGGAAAGUGCCUUUGUUUCUUCAUUGAUUUCGGUGACGAAGAAUGGUUGCCGAUGGAUCAAUUGUUUGUUUGCGAGCCACGAUUUUUGAAACUUCCACCCCAAGCAGUUCCUUUGAGCCUGUAUGGAUUAGAGGACUUCGCUGAGAACCCGAACGCUAAAAUUCACUUGGAUUCAAUGCUGAUUGGAAAAACUCUUAUCGCAGAGAUUUUAACAAAGAAAGAAACUUUCGAAGCACUUAACGAUGCGGAUGUUGACUUCAGCUCUCGAAUUCAAGUGGUCCUUUACGAUACCUCCUCGAAUGAAGAUGUCAAUUUAAAUCCGCUUCUUCUCACUAAGAUCUGUGACGAUACACCCCCACCGGAAUUGAGACGUACUGGCGCUACCAAUGUUACCGUAACACACGUCAACAACAACGGCGAGAUUUUCGUUCAAGUAAAGAGCAUCGGAUUGUCGUACAUUCAGAAAUUGAUUAGCCAACUGGUUGAGUCGAAAUUCAAGGAGGAGGAGCAUCAAGUGGUUUUAGCAGAUUUGAAGAAGCCCGAGAGUCUGUUCUUCAUCCAAGACCAGGACGACAUGAAGUGGUAUCGUGGAGCGCUCGUAACAGAUGAUAAUGGCAAGAUUGAAGGCAACCGGUAUAACAUGUUCUAUGUGGACUAUGGACGGACAAAGAUGACAAAUAUAUCUCGCAUUUUCCGAUUGGAAUCUUUGAGUGUUGCAUUGAGCAAGUUCCCCAGGCAAGCAAUUAAGGUGAAAUUGCAUAAUUUGCCACCAAUUUCUGAAACAACUGUCGCGAGAAUUCGUGGAUUGCUGCCACCAGAAUCUCCAGCAAUUGCUAAAGUUGCUGCUCAUGGUCUUGUGCCUCAGGUGGUUAUCUACACGAGAUUUGACACGAAGGAAUUGUUGGUUAACGUAAACGAGGUUAUUCGAAUCGAAUAUGAAUUAGAAGGCGCUGCUGAUCAACAGCCUGACACCCAGAGUGGUGCUGGAUCGGAUGAAAGUCGCUGUAAUUCGGCUGCAUCGAAUCACAGUAGUAAUGUUAAAUCAUCGAUAACGGUUCCGGCAUCACCACUUAAAAGUGAACUACAAAAAUUGAGUGAUCCAACGUGCAUUCCGCCAAUUGGAGAGGAUUUCAAUGUUUUUGUAUCAAUGGCAUCCAAUCCAGGAAAUUUCGUGGUUCAGCCAUAUUCGGAGGGUCCGAAACUAUCUGAACUAAUGAAAUCAUUGCAAGAAUAUUGCUUGAACAAUGAAGAGUUUAUACCGAACGACAUGGUCGAGAUUGGACAAGCCUACGCUGCUCUCAAUGAGGAUGGAAUCUAUCAUCGUGUCACUGUUGAGAAUAUUUUCAAUAACUCUUCGAUGGUACAGUUUCUUGUCUCCUUUUGUGAUUUUGGUGACUUUGCUGUUUUAAGCAAUGACAAACUGAAAACUUUACCUGCUAAAUUUCGUACCUUGCCAAAGCAAGCUAUUAUGGCUAAAUUGUAUGGAGUUAAGCCAAAGCAUUGUGACUGGACCGUAAACGAUUGCAUGCGUUUCCGUGAACUGACGGUGGGACAACGUUUUGCCUCAAUCAUUCGCAGAAUAUCGAAUGAUGUUGUUGUCCCAAAUUCUAAAGUUCUCGAACUGGAACUGAUCGAUGUUCAAACCGACGAAGACAUAUACGUACACGAGAUCCUUAUCAAUGAGGACCGUGCUAUAGCUGAUAUUGAAACUGAGUAAAAUAAAAGCAAAAGCAAAAGCAAUUAAUGACUACAUUUAUAUUUUUUUACUAUCAUGUUGUUUGCUACGUUAAUUCAAGAUACAUUUUAUACGGAAGAAGAUCCAUACUUAUUAUCUUAAUAUUGUCGUAAUCGUUUGCAUACAUUUUUUUAGCGUGUUCCAUCAUUUGUUUCAAAAUAAUCAAAAAAAAAACACACAUAAAACGGGAAACUGAGGAGUGUGCACGUUCUUCCUUUUAAUUGGCUCUCGGUUUAGAUUUUCUUUUGACAAUUUUGGAGAUGGUUUUACUUUCAAAAAUUUCCUAACGAUUUAGUAUUGAAUUGUUAUCAUUCCAUUAGAUUAAUCACGAACGCAAAGCAGAUCCUCGUUUUUCCAAUAAAUCUUCAUGAUAUUAACUUUAAUUUCAAUACCAAUAUCACCGUUAUUUAUUGUAUUUUUAUAUAAAGAUAUUAAUAAUCUCAGUACAGUGAGAUAUGUGUACUCGUUUUUUACGCCACUCUGAGUAAAUUAUUUAAUUGAAGCAAUUUCUUACGGUUCAUGUUACGUUUAUCUAAUUGAAAAAUUAAAUUACAAAAUAUGAUAAAUUAUAUGCAAACAAUAUAUUUAUCUCAUUUUUAAUAUAUCGAAGUGUAUUGUUUUCGUUGAAAUAAAAAGAUUAUGUUCACGAUUUGGAAAA